AUGCUAACUCUCCUUGUCUUCUUUGCUCUCGUGGUAGCAGCAGCAUAUCAUUCGAUCAUCGAACCUCUAUAUCUCAACCCCAAAAGCAAAAUCCCUGGACCGAAACUGUUCGCUCUGACCAAAUGGCGCCUGGCUCUAGAGGAUUACAAAGGAAGCAGGACAAGAACUAUCCAUGCACUCCAUCAGAAAUAUGGUCCAAUUGUGCGUAUCGGCCCCGACGAGAUUCAUUGCAACAGCUUGAAUGCUCUUCGCACAAUCUAUGGUGCCGGUAGCGGUUUCGAGAGAACGUGGUUCUAUCGUAUGUUCGAUGCAUACGGCAAGCAGAAUCUCUUCACAUUCAGCACUGUCAAAGAGCACAGCGAACGCAAGAAACUGGUUGCCAAUGCUUACUCGAAGUCUCUGAUGCUCAAGGGACCAGCUGCACGUAUGGUACAAGAUAAAGUGUCCCAAUACCUGGCAUUGAUUGAGGCACAAGGUGAUGCACCACAUGAGAUCUUUAGCAGUCUCCAUUACUUCUCCAUCGAUGCCAUCACACAUUUUCUGUACGGGCCGUCCUACGGUGGUACGUCUGCAUUAGAAGGAAAUGUUCAAGACCGUGCUCUGCUCAACGACAUAAUCGACCCGACUCGUCGCUACCUCAGCUGGUUUGCUGUACAUCUCCCCAAAUUGACAAAGUGGAUGUACACGCGUGUUGGCCUCAUGGAGCGUAUACUAGAACCAGUGAUUCCUAUGAAGAAGCCUACUACCUACACUGGAAUCCGCAAGCAUGCACUGGACGCCUUCCACCGCUUCCAAAAUGCAGCGCAAACCGAACCCGAAACAUUGUCUACGGAAUCGACUAUCAUCUCACGGCUAUGGAAAUCGCAUGAGAGCAUCAAAGGAUCGGGUAGUUCUGCUCUCGGUGAUCUUGACAUUGCAUCCGAAUGUGCAGACCACUUGCUUGCCGGCAUCGACACAACAGCAGACUCUCUGAUGUUUUUGAUCUGGGCAUUGUCGCGACCGCAAAAUUCGCAUAUACAGCAAAAGCUGGUGGACGAGGUUCGCGCAUUAUCUGAAGAUGCAUUCGAAGGCGGAAUGCCUAGACUCGAUGUCAUUGAUAAAUUGCCAUACCUCGAUGCAGUUAUCCGAGAGACGCUCAGGCUCUACGCCCCAUUGCCUGCAUCAGAGCCUCGCUCGCUGCCUACCGACUGCACUAUCGAUGGCUACAGUAUUCCUGCACGCACUGUCGUCAACAUGUCGCCUUACUCUCUGCAUCGCAACGCCGAUGUCUUCGAGGAACCGCUCGACUUCAACCCAGACCGAUGGUUCGAUGAGGCGGAAAAAGUGGCACUGAUGAAUCGAUGGUUCUGGGCCUUUUCGAGCGGUGGCCGGAUGUGUAUUGGCUUGCACUUGGCCAUGGCGGAGAUGACAGUACUGGUAGUUGCUGUUUAUCGAGAGUACACAACAUCUAUUGCGCCAGGAUUCGAGGACAAGUCACCCGCCAUCACAUCGCGAUUCGAGCUGUUCUAUGAUGAGAGCGUCCCUAAGAUAGCGGAACACACAUGUUUGAUCGAAUUCACAAAAGCGUGA